CCCUUUAGGGACCCCGUCUUCGGAAAUAAUCGAGCCAAAAUGGUGGGUCCGACUCUUUGGGAUGGCAAACGAGCCCCUCGACCUGCGCAAGCCGUUUCCCUGGUGGUGUCCGCGAUGAAGAACCUGAAGGAGACCGAGGGUUGUACCCUUGGAAAAAUCGUCGGGUACAUAUCCGACGCCUACAAGAAGCGAGCUCCCAAAAGACAGGUGGUAACCGCCCUGAAGAGAGGGAUCGAAUUCGGGAUCCUGAAGAGACGAAGGGGUCACUAUUUCCUGACCUCGGAGCUGGAGGACCGGUCUGGACAUCGGAACCUCGCGGAAGCAUCGAGGUCGCGAACGGUCUCCAAGAAGAAGACCGUGACCAGGAAACAUCGCAGGCGGUCCCGGGUCCCGAAGAAGAUCCCGAAGAAGUCGGCGAAGCGACGUCUCACCAGGUCCUACUCCCUGUCGAACAUGUAUUACAACCCGAGCUACAAGGCGGCCUCCUCGACCGGCUCGGCCGAGGUUCUGAAGAAAGUGACCAACGAGACCGAGUAAAUCCUCGAGCGUUCUCCAUCUUGGGCCACCAUUAUCUCUUCCGGUGGUUAGGAAAACGUAGAAAAAAAAAAAUCGAAAAUCGCAGAAUACCCAGGACCCCUCCCUUGUGAAUAGUCCGUGGCGUCAGUCGAGGUCGGCUAGGA